AUGAUAAGUAAGUUAUUUAUUUAUCAAUUGUAGUUAAUUGGAAUGUUAUGAAAUGGAAGAUGAUAACUUAUCAGCAAAAGCAACUACAAAAAAAAUACAAAAUUAGAAAAUAGGAUCCUAGAAAGAAGACAAAUUGUUAGAAAUAGCAAUUCAUGAACUUGGAACUAAUUGGAAGGAAGUCGCAAAAUAUUUAUAUAGCAGGAAUCCUUCUUAAUGCGCUUAAAGAUGAAAAAGAAUUAAGCCUGUGUCAGCAUAUUGAAAAUAUAGAUCAAGAUGACAGAAAUAUUCAAGUUAUUAAAAGGGAGACCAGUAUAAUUUAUUACUAAAAUUUAUUAGGAAAAUAUGAUAAAAAAUAGAUUUAUUCCUUUAUUAGAAAAGAAUAUAUGAAUAUUUAAAAUCCUUAUUAUGUGAUACCUAAUUCCUAAUAAAAACUGAUGCUGAAUUAUCAAAAUAAACUUAACUUAAAUGAUAUUAAUAAUUAGAAUGAAAAUAGUUUAUCAUGCAAAAGCAGUGUUUAAAAAAAAAAGAAAUAAUCUAAAAUCUAAAAGAAAAAGAUAAAAAAAUAAAACUCAAUAACAAAACAAAAAGAACCAGAAAAAAAAAUAAAUAAUAAUAUUAUUAUAGAGUAAAAUGAAGAAGUUUUGAAUGGAAUUAUCUCAGCUGAAAGUUGCGAAGUCAAAGUUAAAGAAGAAGAUGAUAAUGAAUUUUAAGCAAAUAAAAUUGCAUAAAGUCUUUUAAGUUUAAGCUUAAACAAUAAUUUCAAUUAAUUUCAUAAUACAUUAAAUUCUUAAUAAUUAUUUAAUGAGUCAUUUAUAUCCCUUUACAAUUCUUAAGUCUUUUAAAACUAACCUUAAUAAUAGUAACAAUUCUAAUAAUCAUUAUGUAAAUAUAUUUAUUAAAUUAGAUAUAUAUUUUAAAUAUUAUGAAGGAAUUGCUAAUUUAAUCAAAAGCUAAAGUCUUUCAUAAUCCUAAUUACUAUAAGAGAUCCCUCUAAUCUUAUCAAAUGUUUCUAGUCAAGAAAUUAAUUAAUCUUCACUGAUGUAACUUUCACUAUCAAAUAUGAAUUUUUGUCAAUUUCCUUACAUGUUGAGAUAAGAGUCUUUUCCUCAUUCAAUGAACAAUUCAUAAUUUUGA